CCAAAACAGCCAGGACCUGAGUGCUCCUUGAACAGAAGGGCCUGCCAGAGGAAUUUCCCGAGUGCUCCAGCGCCAGGCGUCGCAACUCCUGCGGUCAGCCCGGAGGCCACCAGUGCCAGUGGGCUCUGAGGAUCUGCUGUUCCCCAGGCCAUGCUGGGUCAGGGACUGCCCCUGCGCGUGGCCACCCUGCUGACCGGGCUGCUGGAAUGCCUGGGCUUCGCAGGCGUCCUCUUUGGCUGGACGUCCCUAGUAUUCGUCUUCAAAACAGAGCAUUACUUUGAGGAGCUGUGUGAACCAGACCCCAGGCUGAAGGGCAAUGCCACAGGCCCACAUGACUGCAAGGCCCAGGACGAGAGGUUCUUACUGAUCUUUACCCUGGCGUCCUUCAUGAACAACUUCAUGACCUUCCCUGCCGGCUACAUCUUUGACCGUUUCAAGACCACCGUGGCCCGCCUCCUAGCCAUAUUUCUCUACACUACUGGCACGCUCAUCAUAGCCUUCACCUCUGCAGGCUCGGCGCUGCUGCUUUUCCUGGCCAUGCCCAUGCUCACCGUCGGGGGAAUCCUGUUUCUGAUCACCAACCUGCAGGUUGGGAACCUAUUUGGCAAACACCGCUCGACCAUCAUCACCCUCUACAAUGGAGCGUUCGACUCUUCGUCAGCCGUGUUUCUUAUCAUUAAGCUCCUUUAUGAGCAAGGUAUCAGCCUGAGGGCCUCCUUCAUCUUCCUCUCUGUCUGCAGUGCUUGGCAUGUUGCUCGUACCUUCCUCCUGAUGCUCCGGGGGCACAUCCCCUACCCACUGCCCCCCAACUACAGCUAUGGCCUGUGCCCUAGAACUAGUACCAGAGAGAAGAGGAAAGAAAUGGCUGAGUCUGAAAAGCUGGAUCUACAGACCAAGGGGUUCCUGUCACCAAAGGAAGAGAUCCCAGGACCAGAGCAGCAGGAGGAGCCCCGUUCUUUCAAGAGCUGUGUUCUCUCCUGGCGCUAUGCCUGGCACCUGGUGUGGCUGUCGGUGAUACAGUUGUGGCACUACCUCUUCAUCAGCACCCUCAACUCUCUGCUCACCACCUUGGCCGGUGAUGACAGGAAACUGGUCAGCAGCUACACAAAUGCGUUUGCCAUCACUCAGUUCUUUGGAGUGCUGUGUGCCCCCUGGAACGGCCUGCUCAUGGACCGGCUUAAACAGAAGUACCAGAGGGAAGCGGCCAAAACAGGUUCUUCGGCCUCAGUGGUGGCCCUUUCCUCAGCGGCGCCUUCCCUGGCCCUGACGUCUUUGCUGUGCCUGGGCUUUGCCCUCUGUGCCUCGGUCCCUGUGCUCCCCCUCCAGUACCUCACCUUCGUCCUGCAAGUGAUCAGCCGCUCCUUCCUCUACGGGGGCAACGCUGCCUUCCUUACCAUCGCUUUCCCGUCGGAGCACUUUGGGAAGCUCUUUGGGCUGGUGAUGGCCCUGUCAGCCAUCGUGUCCCUGCUGCAGUUCCCCAUCUUCACUCUCAUCCAAGGCCCCCUCCAGAACGACCCCUUCUAUGUNAACCUGGCGCUGGUGCUCCUCACUCUCCUGACCUUCGUCCACCCCUUCCUGGUGCACCGGGACUGCCGGCGGAGCGCAGCGGCCCCUGCGGCCACUUAG